ACGAAUCCAGAAAUAGAUAAAAAAUAUCAGGAUCUGUUUGAAGUAUUAAGUGAAUAUUAUGAAAAAAAAAACUUUCUCAUUUAUUCUGAAUUGAUUAAACAUUAUUCCGAAAAAGAAGACUUAUUUGAUGAAUACAAAUGUGUGGUGGAUCCUGAGAUAAAAAAAAAUAUAACGAUGGACCAAAUUUCUCAAUUAAAAUAUACUCAAAACCAUUCGAAAGAAGCUUUGACAAUUAGCAAAUUCUUUGAUAGAGAUAAAGCUUCUCCAAAUGAUUUAAUUUUAUCAGGAAUAAUAUUCAAUGAAGAAAUUCAAGACAAACAAAAAGCAAUAUACGAAGCACUAAAAAAUGAAAGUUUAUGGGAUUCGUUUUGCUUGCCAAAGCUUACUAUGAUUGGCCUAUCUUUAAAGUACCAAGAUUUUCUUUUAGAGCAUCUAAAUAAUAAAAUUGUCAGAAUUCCAUUUUCCAAUUGUGAACAUGAAACAAUAAAAUUUGAAUUAUUUCAUAUUUUUGCUAAAAAGCUGAAAGAUAUUUGGAAUGAUAGUCAAUAUAAAAGUCAAGAUAGUACAAUAACUGAAUCUACAUUUUGCUGUCAAUUUGUUAUUCAUCUUGUUGAGUUCUUGCAAGGAUAUACUGGGUAUACUUUUCAGACUGCUUGGAAUAGCGUUGAAAGUGUUGCAACAAAAUAUCGAAAUAAUCAGGAUGGUCCUAGACGAUGUCCAGACAACUUUUGGUUUUUUACAAGUCAAAAAAUAAAAAAUUUGCGAUAUGAAUUUUUUUAUCUCGAAAUUUCGGGUGGUCCUUUUGCAAAUCUUGAAAACGUUAAUGUAAAAAGUCACAUUCUUGAAAAUCGAAAAAGGAUUGGAAAAUUCUGUACCACAUUAAUGGUUUACGAAAUAGAACGGAAAUUUGAUCCAUUAUUUCACAUGAAAGAACUAGUAAAUAUCAACCUACCAGUCCACAAACCAAGUGAGAAUGAAUUCAUUACAUUUUUGGAAAAAUUAAUUACAGUUAGCGACUUAUUUAAACAAAGUUUAGAUAAUAUAUUAAUUAUUGAAAGUUUACUUUGUGAAGAUGAAUAUGAUGGUUAUAGUAGCAACGAUGAUACCGAUUUAAAUCUAUUAUUUACUGAAAAUACGAUGAAAUUCUAA